CGGUAACGGACAGCUGCGGUCGGUCCGGUGAUGAAGAUGAAGAUGAUGCUGCUUCUUCAACUCUGCGGUCAUGUGACUUCUCGUGGAGGAUGGGCAGUCAGCGUUGAGCUAGCUUCCAGUGGACAGGAGGUCUGAGGUGAGGCGAGGGAUCAUGGGAGAUGGAGGACCCCUGCAGACCGAGGGGAACGCCCUCCUCAAAGCCGUCUUCCAGGGGAAGCUGAGGUUGACCCGCCUGCUGCUGGAGGGCGGCGCUUACAUCAACGAGGGCAACGAGCGCGGGGAGACUCCAAUCUCCGCCGCCUGCAUAGCGAGCUACGACGACCCGCAGACCCGGCAGAGGAUGGUGAGGUACCUUCUUGAGAAAGGUGCCGAUCCGAACAUCCCUGACAAGAGUGGGAGGACGGCGCUGAUGCAUGCUUGUGCCGAGCAGGCGGGGAAGGAGGUGGUCUCACUACUGCUGGAGAACGGCGCUGAUCCCAGCCUCAAAGACUACUCCGGCUCCUCAGCCCUCGUCCACGCCAUCAACAAGGGAGACCGCGACACUCUGCAGGUGUUGCUGGAUGCUUGCAAGGCCAAAGGCAAAGAGGUGAUCAUCAUCACCACUGACACGUCACCGUCGGGCACCAAGAAGACCAAGCAGUACCUCAACUCCCCGCCCUCGCCGGGCAUCGUGGACAAACUGUCUCCGGCUUGCAUGUCUCCGUCUGAGGUGGAGAUUGGCACCUCUUCACCUGCAGGAGACAAGAGCAAAGACGACGAGGGGAUCUUCAGCUUCGCGCUCACCUCGGCUUUACCUUUACCUUCAGCUCGACCACCAGGAGAAAAGAGACCGCCACCACGGAAGCUGCUGAAGAGGCUGAACUCGGAGCCCUGGGGCCUGGUAGCACCCUCGGUGCUGAGUGGAGUUCCUCAGGAGAGGGUUGACGGAGGCCUGGUGGAGGAGGGCAGCUGUGAUCUGAGCAAGACGAUCACUGAGAUCAAUGGCCUGUCCAUCACAGAACCUGUGAGACCUCUGUUGUCAAGGCGACACAGCAUUGAAACCCAUGAUCCCUGCUCCCCCAAACUCAUCGAUCGAUCCUGCUCCGAGGACUACGCAGCUCUGUCAGGUUCCUCUUGGGCUGACAAAGUCCAACAGCACCAGAUCCUGUACCGUAGAAACACGGCCCCAGAGUCCCAGGAGAACGCUGGGGGACCUGGGGCGGUUGCAGCGCGGGCCCUGGCUCACCCCAAACUCACCCGGAUGGAGCACUACGAGUCAGACACCCAUCUCUGCCCAGAGUCCAUCCCUGGAUCUCCGGAUUCUGGCAGGGUGUCUGUGGAGCGAAGGAGGUACAACGCCUCCCCCCUCUCCCUGGUCACAAGCUCCUCCAGGGAGUCUCUGGAGAACAUCCCCAACUCGGUGUCCCCCAUCACCAUGCGCAGGCGUCCCCCAGGACUCCUGGAGCGCCGGGGCUCUGGUACCCUCCUUCUGGACCACAUCUCUCACACCAGGCCAGGCUUCCUGCCUCCGCUCAACAUCAAUCCCCAGAGACCCAUCCCCGUCAUCCGGGCCAACGGAAAGCCCACCUCCCCCAUCCACUCUGGGCACAAGAUCCUGGUCCCCAUGGCCCCGGCCUCCCCUAAACGAGGCCCGGACUUCAAGAUGAAGAAGAAGCUGAUGAGGAGACACUCGAUGCAGACGGAGCAGAUGAAGCAGCUCUCCACCUUCCAGGAGAUCCUGGCCGAGAAGGUCAUCGAGUCCAACGGGGAUUGAUGACAGGAGGCGUCGUGGCAGAGCAUGAUGGGUAGCUGCAGAGACUCUCAGAGUGGCGAUUUACUGUGAAGCUUCUCCAUCAGAUCAUCAUCUCACUGAUGACCUCAUUAAAACCAACGUGUCUGGUCUUCAUGGAGGGCUGCACCAAUGAGGGUUUCAUUAAACCGAGAAAAGGUUUUUAUUGGAGUUUAGUAAAACUUUAUGAAACCAGUUUUAAAUUUGAGCCUUUACAUUAAAGCUCUUUAUAAUUGUAGCUGUAAUUUAACGUUUCAAGCCAACAUGUUAACGUAACAAAAAAAAACAAAAAGGUAAAACAAAGUGCUUCCUCAACUUUUAACCUCUCACGGCUGUUCAAAAAUUGUUUUAAAAUGUUACUGAUGAUGUUUAAAGCCUCACUUUACCAGACACUCAAAAGGGUUAAACUGUUGUUCUCUUCAAAGUCAUCUAGCUGUGACGCCCUGCUUGUCAGCAAUGCUCACUUUUUAAAAAAUAUUAAGUUUCUUUUCUUUAGCACCUGAUAAACUCAUAAAAUGCAGCAUUCAUUUAUUUAGACCUUCUCAUCACUAAUCUCUAAAAGUUAAACCUUUUUCAUUUCAAUAAGAGAAGUUUAACCCUUGUUGGUGCAGCUCUCCUGUUUCCUCUCCUCUGAUCCACAGGAAGCUCUCGGGGUUAAAAAUCAGUUUACAACACAUUCCUGAUGCUUCCUCAUUAGCCUAUUUAUUCACUUCAGUCAAAAACUGAUAAAACUAUAAAAAGAAAUGAUCCGACUUGUUUGAUGUUUACAGAUGCACAAUUUGCACUGAGGUCCAUUGUUGUCUUUGUGACGGAUGAAAACACGAACUUUUAGCUGGACCUAAACUGACGAAACUGAACGUUGACUCUGAAAACAAACUGUCAUCUUUUCAUUAACGAAACCAACAUAUUUAUUUUAAUCCGUUUAUAAGCUCCUGUUCUGAUUGAAGAAUGUGAUAAAGUGUCAAACUACCUACUGCGCUGUAUGUACCGUAAUUAUCGACACACUAGUCAAUAUAAUAGUUGGUAUCUCUGUGUAAAUGAUUCUGAGCUCCUCUGAAUGAAUCGUAUUAUUUCACAGUUCAGAGGGACGUAUGAAACGUUCGUCCUGACUAUGUUUCUGUACUUUAACCAACAUCACUGAGGUGAUAUUUUGAUCUAAUUUGUGUUGAGAUGAACUUCAAUGAAACGUGGUUUUCUUGUUUAUGAAAUUCCAAAGAAGUCGUGUGGACGAUUUGAACCAAAACCUGCUGAAACUGUAAAUACUGUAAAGAUGCGUCGGUGCAAUAGAGCUGAUACUGUAAUGUCAAUCCUUGAGCGGAGGACCCUGAAGGACAGUUAGAGGGACAGUCCCAUGUUUUGUCUGUCCUCUCCAGAGUCAGAAGAUAGAUAUCAGUGUCACCUGUGUGCGUGUCCGGGACACACCAGGUGAGGGAAUGGCCUGCCUUAUUCCACCUCUGAUGGACUUACCCCGGCAUCUUACCUUAACCCUUACCUAUCCCGCUCCUCCUGCCUAAACUUUACCAAUCCAACUAACGAACGCAACGAGUACCAUCCACACAGGAAGAGUAGAGCAGGUCAUUCCUCUGACCCCCUACGAUUCACAAAUUUGCGUCCAGGUUUUCGUUUUUUCCCUUGGAUGACCGGCCCCGCUCUGCCUUACUACUAUCUAUUCGUCCUGAAUACAGAAUAAUUUGUAAGUUUGAGACUGAAUACAUUUAAAUACAUUUUUCUAAAAACAGCGUUGAUUAUGGGACUUAUGUUUAAUAAAAAAGCAUAACUGUCCUUCAAAGCUAUGAGCCUGAGCUGUUGCCAAUCAGGCUUCAGCUGUUACUUUUUUGUUGGUCAGCAUGAAAUACAAUGCUAAUGAGUGAU